GCUGAGCGGUGCGAGAGGCUCUUAUGUUGUCCAGCUUUGACACACUAGUAACCAGGCUAAAUGAACUUCGUUAGCACUUCAGGUGCUCUGUUGCUGUGCCCAAGAUCACUCCUGUCUCGUUCUAGGCCCCUCUGAGGCUGUGCCGUACCCUUCGCUGUAAACAAGAUCUUCGUCGGUACCCUUGUUUGUUUUCGCCCAACGGCUUAUGCUCCUGAAAGUGGUGAGUUUCCCAACGUUCCUCCGUGUGAUCUGAAACACAGAUAUGAUGUAAAUCUCAUCUCUGAAACGGAGUGGCAAUGGUUUCGGACUAUGGUGCCGUCGAGCCACCUCCUAGAAUUUCAUGCCAUUCCAUACGAAGCCUGGGUGGUAUAUCAAUGGGCUAUCGGCUUCCAUUGAACAAUCAUCAGAAGCCCCUACUAGCUCACGGCAAAUAUGACCCGUGUUUCACCCGAGAUGAGAAAGAAAAGAAAUCGAGAUGCUCAGGCCAAGCACCGGAAGAAGAAGCAAGAAGAAACUAGACGCCUGCAAUCAGAAGUGGAACAUCUCCGCAGAGAACUGCAGGAAGUCCGUGACGCCAUGGCAAGCAACGACAUGCAGCGAUUGAAAUAUAUUGUGCUAGGUGAGACGCGGCCUUCGACGCCUCAGCCCGAUGCGUCAAGCACAGUCGAGUUAGGCACGCCAAUCACUGACGGAGGGUACGCCGAGUCGUCCGAUCCUUCCCCAAUAUCAUCUAUCAUUCCCUACUCGAACUACAGCACCCUCGACUGUACGCUCCCCCUAGCAGAGUAUAACCCUUACCCCGCUACUACAUUUCAAACAUCAUUUACAGAAGGCUACAACCAAAUCCUGCCAUGGAACUCGCUUCCCUCGGUUCCGGCAUUGCCCAGCAUUGGGUUUUCGGAGUUAUUCGACAUGCCAUCGUGGCUCGACCCGCAGCUGAUGAUUUCAUGAUAACAAUAUAUACAUCCUAGAGAGCAAAACACUUCUCAUCUACUUAAUAGAUCUUUUUAUACAACGAAUAAUUAGCUUCUGCGAAUUGAAGAGGGUCCCUUGCGUAUCCUUAUGAAGACUCCGUCCUAUGGCUACUAUUUUGCAUCAAUGACGUUGUGCAACGCUGAAUUCAAAUCAGCCACAUUCGAUGUCAGAUUCUGCUUUGAGUAGUGAUGAGAAAAUACGACUGCGGAUAGAACCCCUACUUUGAUCACCCACUUGUGACCGGGAUCUGUGUACACACCCCCUUACAGUCUGCUACCUCAGCAGCCGUGGCCAUUGGAAGAUGGCUGGAGGUCAUAUCAUUUGGUAAUACGAUCGCUCCUUCACAUGCUGACUCUAGCUAGGAAACAACAGCAGAUUGUCUGUUAGGCGGGCUAAUGAAACAAG